AAGCCAUCCUGAGAUUCUUCAAUAUUUUCAGAAGCCACCAGAGGUGGUUCGUAACUAGUGGUUCAGUUUUAGUAAUUUACUUCCGUCUUAGUUUAUAUCUUGUAGUUAUCCGUCCUCGUAAACUUUCCUUAUAACAAGGCAAAAUGGCCUCCCCAGUAUCUGCAAUUGGGUUUGAAGGCUAUGAAAAACGGCUUGAAAUGGUUUUUUCUCAUCAUGGCACAUUUGCCGACCCUCUAGGCAAGGGCCUCCGUUCUUUAACCAAGAACCAAUUAGAUGAAAUUCUAGCACCAGAUGAAUGCACUAUUGUCGGUUCAUUGUCGAAUGAACAUGUUGAUUCUUAUGUCCUUUCAGAAUCCAGUCUUUUUGUGUACCCCCACAAGAUUAUCAUAAAAACUUGUGGGACUACAAAGUUGCUUCUUUCUAUUCCUCCCAUACUGAAGUUAGCUAAUGCACUGUUUCUCUCCGUGAGAUCUGUAAUGUACACUCGUGGAAGCUUUAUUUUUCCUGGAGCUCAGACGUUUCCACAUCGUAGUUUCUCUGAAGAGGUUGCUGUUCUUGACAGCUACUUUGGCAAACUUGGUUUAGCCAGCAACUCCUAUCUAAUGGGCAGUGCUGAUACACAAAAAUGGCAUGUUUACUCGGCUAGUAUUGGACCAGCACAACACUCAAAACCUCUUUACACUCUUGAGAUGUGCAUGACUGGUUUAGACAAAAAAAGAGCAUCAGUCUUCUACAAGACUCCGUCAAGCUCUGCAACUCUGAUGACUGAAGACUCCGGUAUUAGGAGGAUUCUUCCAUAUUCUGAAAUAUGUGAUUUUCAGUUUGAUCCUUGUGGUUACUCUAUGAAUGCUAUUGAAGGUGAUGCAAUUUCUACCAUUCAUGUCACGCCUGAAGACGACUUCAGCUAUUCAAGCUUCGAAGCCAUGGGCUACGACUUCAAGGUAUUGGAACUCAACCACCUGCUUGACAGGGUGCUAACUUGCUUUCAGCCAACCGAGUUUUCUCUUGCUCUACAUGCUGAUGGCGAAGAACAGGGCACUCGUCUUAACAUUUCUACAGAUGUCCAGGGAUAUAUCUGUGAAGAAAAGUCUUGUCAAGUACUUAAAAACAAUGAAUCAGUUACAUACUUAACCUUUAUGAAGGUCUCUGGCUGUGCCUCUCCUAGAUCAACUCUACAAUACUGGAGUGGGAGUGAGAAUGAGGACGAGGAAGUCAUGAACUAGUUCUGAAUCAAUUGCUGCGAUCAAUCUGGUUUUAAAUUUUUUACCUGCUUAAAAAAAAGAGUCUUGCUUACUGCUCCAUAAGUAAUUUAUUAUACUAUCAUGUUAUGCUGGUCUGUAGUAUUAUUUAGAUCUACUCCGUUUCUGAGUGAUCAUAUGGAACCAUUUGUUGGAUGAACACCCGAAGUUUAUCAAUAUAUAUGUGCUUUAUUGUGUAUA